AUGGAAUCGUUACCUGAAGAAUCAUCGUCUUCUAAGUUGGAUCCGAUGUCUGUUCAAAGCGUAUCAGGAACAGAUGAAUUGAAUGUUCAAUCUUUAGCUCAAUCUGAUUACGAUAUUGCAAUGGAAGGUGAAUCAGAAGCAGGUAUCUCGUCUUCUAAGUUGGAUCCGAUGUCUGUUCAAAGCGUAUCAGGAACAGAUGAAUUGAAUGUUCAAUCUUUAGCUCAAUCUGAUUACGAUAUUGCAACGGAAGGUGAAUCAGAAGCAGGUCAAGAUAGUUUUUCUGAAUUUUUCUCUCCUGCUGGAACUCAUAAAAUAUGGAUUUUUGAGGAUGUUGAUGAUGUUAAACCAAAGUUGUUUAGCAAAUAUCUGAGUAUUGAAGAUGCAAUGGAUAUGUAUAGGGCCUACGCUGCUAAAGCUGGUUUUGAUGUAAGAAAAGGUUUUACAAAGAUAAACACUAAGUCACGUGUUCUUACUCAUCGAUCAAUGUUGUGCAAUAGAGAGGGAUUUCCUCAAAGUGUGUAUGUGGACACAACUGAUUCUAAAAAUAAUAAACCUCAUAGAAAUUCGAAUAUUAAAAGGAAAGGAUGUCCAGCUUUUGCAAAAUUUAGAAGAGUAGGAAAUUCAGAUGUUUUUGAGCUACACAAAUUUGAAGAAAGACAUAAUCAUGAUUUGGUUGCAAAAGAUUAUAGGUAUUUAUUGAGGUCUAAUAGGCAAUUGGACAACACUGCUCAAGAAUUCAUUAAAAAUAUGCCGACUGUAGUUCUCACUGAUGAAGAUGUUGCAAUGAAAAUUGCAAUUGAGAGAAUAUUGCCUGAUUCACGUCACAGGUUGUUUAUGACAAGAAGGAAUCAAGUUUUGAAUGCUCUUGUUCAUUGUUCGUUCAGAAUGGUUGUUUAUGACAAGAAGGAAUCAAGUUUUGAAUGCUCUUGUUCAUUGUUCGUUCAAAAUGGUAUAUUAUGCAGGCAUAUAUUUUGCAUUUUUAGGACUUACCAAAUAAACAAGAUUCCUUCAAAGUACAUUCUUAGGCGUUGGUGCAAAGGUGUUAUUCCAUCUGAGGUUCUAAUGAAGCAAUGUUCAAAUGAUGAGACCUCAUCACCAUCAUCAUUGUUAUAUGAUCCUCUUUCUCGUCAGGUUUUGAGUUUUGUGGAAGAAAGUGUGUCUAGUUUGAGUAAAUAUGCGGAUGAGCUUAAGGAGUUUUUUGAGCUUAUUAAAGAAGCAAAGUUGAAAUUUGAUGGUGUUUGUUCUACGUCAAUCUCUUCAAAUUCAUUGUUGAAAAGAAAAGAUAUUUAUGAGUUUGUUGAGUCAUCCUAUGGAGUGAAGAAGCCAUCUAUUUCUGAUAUUGGGAAUCCUUCAGAUGACAUAAGUAAUAAAGGAUGUGGUACAGGUAAGAGGUUGAAAGGAGCUAGAGAAAAAGCCAUUACUAAUCAGUUAAACAAAAAAGGUUUUGUUCCAGGUGCAAACAAUAUGUUAUUGGUCACAACAGUAGGUCAUGUGAGCGUUUGGAAAGAGAAUCAAAAGAAAAAGAAAUGUGUAAAGAUGGCAAAAAUAUGGAUGCAUGAUCUAUUUGAGAGAUUUUGA